GGUAGCAAUUUGAGAUGUCUGGACGUGGCAAAGGCGGUAAGGGGCUGGGCAAAGGGGGUGCCAAGCGGCACAGGAAGGUGCUCCGUGAUAACAUCCAAGGCAUCACCAAGCCUGCCAUCCGCCGUCUGGCUCGGCGCGGCGGCGUCAAGCGUAUCUCGGGACUCAUCUACGAGGAGACCCGCGGCGUGCUGAAGGUGUUCCUGGAGAACGUGAUCCGGGACGCCGUCACCUACACCGAGCACGCCAAGAGGAAGACUGUCACUGCCAUGGACGUGGUCUACGCCCUCAAGCGCCAGGGCCGGAGGAAGCCUAGGCUACUUUCACGAAAAUCGGGCUCGUCCACAAUGGCCCGUACCAAGCAGACCGCCCGUAAGUCCACCGGUGGCAAGGCUCCCCGUAAGCAGCUGGCCACCAAGGCUGCCCGCAAGAGUGCCCCAGCCACUGGCGGCGUGAAGAAGCCUCACCGCUACCGGCCUGGCACCGUGGCUCUUCGGGAGAUCCGGCGCUACCAGAAGUCGACGGAGCUGCUGAUCCGCAAGCUGCCGUUCCAGCGCCUGGUGCGGGAAAUCGCUCAGGACUUCAAGACGGACCUGCGCUUCCAGAGCUCGGCCGUCAUGGCCCUGCAGGAGGCUAGCGAGGCGUACUUGGUGGGGCUGUUCGAAGACACGAACCUGUGCGCCAUUCACGCCAAGAGAGUAACCAUCAUGCCCAAGGACAUUCAGCUGGCCCGCCGCAUCCGCGGUGAGAGGGCGUAA